UGUCAACCCUUUGGGGUAAACUUCAUAUAUAAAUAUUAACAAAAAAGAAGAAGAGAAGUAAUUUGUAAAGUUGUGCCAAGAUGAAUGAUUUGAUCUCAAGUUCGUUCAAGAAAUACACAGACCUGAGGCAACAGGUCUACCUGGACGACAUAGAAGCAGGAAAUGAGAGCGUUAAUCUCGAUAAAUUCUUCGAAGAUGUUGAGAAUGUAAAGGAAGACAUGAAAAAUGUGGAACGGCUGUACAAGGCAUUACAAGAAGCCAACGAAGAAAGCAAAACUGUCCACAAUGCAAAGACCAUGAAACAACUACGUGCUCGAAUGGACACGGAUGUUGAGCAGGUGCUUAAAAGAGUCAAAAUUAUCAAGGGAAAGCUUGAAGGUUUAGAACGAUCCAAUGCAGCUAGUCGAAACGUUCCAGGUUGUGGGCCUGGAUCAUCUUCAGAUAGAACCAGAACCUCAGUGGUUAGUGGCUUGGGAAAGAAACUGAAGGAUUUGAUGGAUGAUUUUCAAGGAUUGAGAUCAAGAAUGCAAUCAGAAUAUAAGGAAACAGUGGAGCGCAGGUAUUUUACGAUCACGGGGCAGAAGGCUGAUGAAGACACUAUUGAGAAUUUGAUUUCAAGUGGUGAAAGCGAAAGCUUCCUGCAAAGGGCCAUUCAGGAGCAAGGAAGAGGUCAGAUUAUGGACACAAUAUCAGAAAUUCAAGAAAGGCACGAUGCUGUUAAGGAGAUAGAGAAGAACUUGAUUGAACUCCAUCAGAUAUUCUUGGACAUGGCUGCCCUUGUUGAAGCUCAGGGUCACCAACUCAACGACAUUGAAAGCCAUGUUGCUCAUGCUAGUUCCUUUGUAAGACGAGGUACCGAACACCUUCAGGAAGCUAGGGAAUAUCAGAAGAACUCGAGGAAGUGGACAUGUAUAGCAAUAAUUGCUGGUGUUGUCUUCAUUAUAGUCCUCCUCUUACCACUUUUACCAACAAUUAUAAAUCUCUUGUAG